GGUUUUCCUGCGGAAUCAGGCUAGUAACACUGUUGCCGCGGGUUGUUUUCAUGUUCGCGGGUUUAAGCGAUCCAAUAACGUGAUGUUUAUCCCCUAAAAUGCGAAUUUUACCAGGGGAACCCCACGGAAACGUGAUUGGGCUAGUUUUGAGUAGCGAUUGGGCGGGUUUUGUUGUGAAAACCUGGCAACCCUGAUAUAGGCCUAAAUAUGAUAGACGGAGUCGAAAGCACAGCGCAACUGCGUUUGCAGUAACUUAAAAUACAGGAUCUCCCUAUGGAUUACUUCUAGCGUUACUGUUUUGAUUUUAUCUUAAAUUGUUGGAGGUUUAUUUAUACAAGACCUUGUUUUUAUCUGAAUUGCUGUUGGUACGAUGCAGGGUGCGUGUGUGUGGUCGCUGGUCGCUGUGUGUGUGUUGUGUGUGUGUGUCGCGUAUAAACCGGUGAUCAUCGUUCACGGGCUCUUCGACAGCCCUGCGGAUUUUAUCAACCUCCGCCGAUUCAUCAACCUGUCUCACCCGGGCACUAAUGUGACUGUGCUAGACCUGUUUGACCGCAGCGCCAGCUUGCAGCCGCUCUGGAAGCAGGUGGAGGGCUUUACAGAAGUCAUAUAUCCCAUCAUGCAGAAUGCAGCCGAGGGUGUCCAUCUCAUCUGCUACUCGCAAGGUGGCCUGGUGUGUCGAGGAAUCCUGUCCACUCUUCCAGACCAUAAUGUGCACUCUUUCAUAUCUCUGUCUUCUCCGCAGGCGGGGCAGUAUGGAGACACAGACUAUCUGAAGUACCUCUUCCCUCAGUUUGUCAAAUUCAACUUAUAUCAUGUGUGCUAUACUGCAGUGGGCCAGAAAAUAUCAAUCUGUAACUACUGGAACGACCCUCAUCACAGAGACAUGUACAUCAACAGCAGUGACUACCUGGCAUUACUGGACAAUGAAAGAGCAAACCCCAACUCUACCGCUUGGAAACAAAACUUCCUGCGCAUUCAGAAGCUGGUGCUGAUUGGUGGAGCAGAUGAUGGAGUCAUCACACCAUGGCAGUCAAGUCAGUUUGGUUUCUAUGAUGAGAAUGAAACCGUCGUUGAGAUGAAAAACCAGAAAGUGUUUUUGAUGGACUUAUUCGGGCUGAAGACGCUGUACACGCGAGGAGAUCUGAUUCUGUGUUCAAUGGCAGGUGUUGCACAUGUCUUCUGGCACUCCAAUGAAACCGUGUACAAAACCUGCAUUGAGAAAUGGCUUACGUAGAUAAUGACAAACUCCCACAUAGACAAACACUUGACUACAGAUCUUUCUCUAUUUUCUAAUCAUUGAUACAGCACAUUUCGUUACAUUAUGCUAAAGCAUUGCAUCAGAACAUACAUUUCUGUUACUGUGUCCUCUACGACAGAGACACACAUUCAGUAAAAUAUAGGUGUAGAAAGGUGAACACUAAAUAUAAGGAAUAACCAUCAGUGCCUGAGGGAUACAUUUCUCAUUUUGCGGAAAGGUUUGGAUCUUAACCACUAUUUUUCAAUGUGUGAAGGUAUUUUUUUUUAUUUUAAUUUUUAUUAUGUUAUGUGAUUGAUGCAGACUGUGCUGCUGCAGUAACAUUCAUGCCUUACAUUUGAUUCAUUUGGACAUGACUUUGUCUAAAAUCCAAGUGCCAACAUUGCAAUGAGAAAGGAGAGAAUGAGGGCAAAAGGAGAAAAAGGGAUAAAAAUAGGGAAUGCAUGGAAUUGCAUUUGUUGCACAUAACUUUACCUCUCACUUUACAUCCUUCAAGCCUCAGCCCAACACUGCAUGUUCGGCCCUAAAGGGAUUUGAGUCUGAGCUGCUCAUUCAUAUUAAAUACUUGUGUUAGGGUAUUUUUACUGUUAUUUUAUGCUGUUCAGUUCACAUAGUAUUAACUUUUACAUUUUUAGAGCGAUUCAUAAAAGGGAUUAAUAGAAGCACAAUUUGAAAGAAUGCAUUUAAAUGAAAUGAAAACUAUUUCCCCGCUCUGAGUUAAAACUAUGCUAUACAUUACUGUACAAAACAUAGUUUGCCAUAUGUAUUGAUAUCAUAGCAGUGUUAUGUGUAUUGUUUUAGGUUUCAGCUUCUUUUAACUGUUUUUAUUAAAUGCUUGACCAUGGGGGUUUAAUGGAUAGUUUAACCUAAAAUAAAAGUAUAAUGUCUAAAGUAUAAAAUUCUUCAACACUGAAGUACACUUUUCAGCUAAAACUACUUUUGUCACACUCAACACCAUUAAACUUUUCCAGAUGUAAAGAUUGUAAAUGACUUAAGCUGCAUACCAGUGUGCUUUACUGUUUUUACUUAAGCCAGCUUUCAGAAUAAAAUUUCCAUUUUAUGUUG